AGGGUACAGGUUGAAACAAAAUUGGAUGGGUAAUUUAAUAAAUAAUAUGAAUAAUAUUUGGUAUAAUUAAUGCUUUUACAUUAGUGUUAGGGGUGUUUAAUAAAAUACAAUUAUCGAUAAUUUUUAAAUAAAAUAAAUAUUAUAACUUCCAGCAGCAGCUGUAUCUCUUCUUGUAACAACUGCGUUAUGUGACGGCGUUUUGCAGAACAGCGGCCCCGCAUGGUCAGAGAGCACAACUGCGAGCUGCUGUACCUGGACCAGCGUCUUCUGCUGCCGCCCGGUGAUGUGCAGAUUUCCACUGAUCUGGGGUCAGCCUGAUGAGGGUCCAGUUUCUCACUGGGUGAGUGACUGAGGCAACCAGCAUCCUCAUCUUACAGCCUACCUGUGUGUGCAUGUUUCCCAGUGGGGCAGCAAACAUUUAGCACACGAUACAUUCCCUAAUGACUUUCACAGGACAUCGAUUAAAGAAAGUAACUUGAAGAAACGCUAAAAUGGCUUUAGCAAGCGGACACUGGGUGGAGAAGGAAACUGUUGGGGUCCCACCAAGCCCAAGAUACGGCCAUGCGAUGACUGUGGCGGGAAAUAUUGCUUUCUUGUUUGGAGGAGCAUCAAGCGCAAUCACAGAGGAUGAUCCUCCAAUAUACCUCAAUGACUUUUACAUGAUUACAGUUUCAGCGGAUCAAGUUACAUGGGAGCUGAUGCCCCAGAAAGGUGACGUUCCCUCAAGAAGAGAAGGACACACUCUGUGUGUGGUUAAAGGAAAGCUCUACUUGUUCGGAGGAUGUUCAGACCCUGACGCUAAAGAGUGUCUUCCAGGCAUUUACUGCUUUGACAUCGUAACGCUGACAUGGGAGAAGCUGCUGUCUGGAGGAGUUUCUCUGCGGACACUGAGACACAGCGCAGCAGCUCUGGGGGAAAACAUCUAUGUGUACGGAGGGAUUGUGGACGGACUCGCUACUGAUGACCUCAUGAUGUUCAACACGGCAUCACUGAACUGGAUGCCUAUUAAAACAGCAGGAGCUCUGCCUUCAGAAAGAUAUAAUCACUCGUGCGCUGCGGUCGGGGAGCAGAUCUUUCUGUUUGGUGGAUGUUCAGAGGACGGAUCUCUGCUUAAAGACAUGUACGCCCUCAAUACAGAGACCCUGCUGUGGGAACAGUUUAAAGUAAAGGGAGAUUCUCCUGUUGUUUGUGCUGGUCAAACCUUUACGCCACAUCAUGACAAGGAUAUUUACUUGUUUGGAGGAACGGUCAGCAGUCCUGACGGAGGGGUGUCAUCGACUAACGAAAUUCACAAACUAAGCAUUGCAAAGAUGAAGUGGAAGGUGCCGCUGUAUGUGGGCAUCCCUCCCUGCAGACGCCACGGACACACAGCUUUCAUCAUCCACAGCCAUCUUUACGUGUUUGGAGGCAGAAAUGAAGAGCAAGACUUUAAUGACCUGAAAGUGAUGAAGUUAAUAAACCCCUCAGAGAGACAGCCAGUGAUGAAGGAGAUUUUAUCGGAGUUCGGCCUGCAGGGUGUCAGUAACAGCUUCACUCCGACAAAGAUUCCCAAUGUGAAGUAUGAGCUGAGUCAGUCUCCAGUGACCGUGAAGAGCUGCAGGACUGAAAACAUCAUCCAGGUGAGCGCUCAUAGAGAUUUCAGUGCAGUUCGCGAGGAAGCCAUGAACAUGAUCUACAAAGCGUUUGCCCUGUUAGACGAGGAGUUCCAGAAGCUGGACAGAGAAAAGGAAGCAGUAGCUGCAGACACCGAGGCUCUGCAGAUGGAGAAAGAUGCCCAAAACGAGCUUCUGCUGAGACAGAAACAGGAUCUUCAGGAUCUGCUGGAAAGACACAAAGCUCAGAACGAGGCCUGGCUGCGAGCGCGAGCAGAAGAGAACGACAGGGAGCGGAAAGAGCUGUGUAAACUGAGGGAGGAGGUGCUCCAGGAGCAGGAGAGGCUGAAAGAGGAGCAGAGCAACAUCCAAAAACGCAGCGAGCAGCUCCUGUCCAUAAUGCAGCAGUUCAAAGGCAUGUGAAGACACUGUCUCCAUGGCAACGGCAGAGGGAGACGAAACAGCCAGAUUGAUGCCACUCCCUUACUCUCAUAUUUGGGUUUGUUUGUCUGCCUGAGGACUCGCUUAUUUCUUCAGUGUGUGUGUGUGUGUGUGUGUGUGCUAAUGGAUGUCACAAUGCAUUAGACAACCUCAUUAUCUGGAAUACCUGUGGAACACAGAGUGAUUUAUGGUGCGUUUGAGCAGAUUUUUUCUGAAUCGUGAUGAAGUAAACUGAGGUUGAGCACCAAG